CCAGCGCUGACGGGUCGUUCGCGGAUACGGCGGCCGCCCGGGCGGGACGGAGGCCUGAGGUGGCUCGGCGUCCCGCGGGGCCUUCCCGUUCCGCGCUCCCGCUUCGCUAUGGCUCCCAAAGGCGCUUCCAAGCAGCAGUCCGAGGAAGACCUGCUGCUGCAGGACUUCAGCCGCAACCUCUCGGCCAAGUCGUCCGCGCUGUUCUUUGGGAACGCGUUCAUCGUGUCGGCCAUCCCCAUCUGGCUGUACUGGCGAGUCUGGCACAUGGACCUCGUCCAGUCUGCCGUCCUCUACAGCGUCAUGACCCUGAUCAGCACCUACCUGGUAGCCUUCGCAUACAAGAAUGUGAAGUUUGUUCUCAAGCACAAGGUAGCACAGAAGAGGGAGGAUGCCGUUUCCAAGGAGGUGACUCGGAAACUUUCGGAAGCCGACAAUAGGAAGAUGUCUCGGAAGGAAAAGGACGAAAGAAUCUUGUGGAAGAAGAAUGAAGUUGCUGAUUAUGAAGCUACAACAUUUUCCAUCUUCUAUAACAACACUCUGUUCCUGGUCCUGGUCAUUGUAGCUUCCUUCUUUAUUUUGAAGAACUUCAACCCCACAGUGAACUACAUUUUAUCCAUCAGUGCUUCCUCAGGACUCAUCGCCCUCCUGUCCACUGGCUCCAAGUAGACCAUGGCAGCUUAGUCCCCGGCUUUGUAGCCACGGGUGGCCUGCGGUACAGGGAGAAGUAGCAGGGUGGUCAGGGUGGGAGGCACACAAGAUGUUUUUUCUAGUCUGGAGUUUGAGGGCUGAUUUAAAAAACUCCAGAAUGCAAUCCAGUAUUUGUUUAUUGGCUGUUUUUGACAGUUGUUGAAAUUAAAUAAUCAAAAGGGAGACUCCAAGUACCAGGACAUUUAUUAAAAGGCAAGAAGUAUCUCACAAUGUGUAAUAAUUACACAAGUGGGGAAAAUCACUCGUUUCCUCGGUCUGUCAGAGGUCGCAGUAACCUGGAUGAGGCUGUUAUUAUUUAUAAUAGUAGCAAGAAGUUAAUAACAGGUUCUCUGUGUUCCCAGCACAGUAUUAUGACUUUGUAGAAAUCGUAAAUAUCAGAAUGAAUCCUCUUCCCAGUGGACUGACAAGCUUCGUGUUGACACCUCUCUGAAUUUCUCAUUUGAAGUAACUCAACAUUAAAAACGUGGUUUUUCUAAUUUGAGGAUGCAGAA